AUGCGCAACUCUGUUUUUGGUCCAGGUUAUCUCGGGUCAACAAGUCAUGCCUCCGUCUUUAAGGAAACCAGAGAUAGCCUGUCCAUCCUCGAAAAGCCCGACUCUCAAAAUAUUGAGUCAGACACAGCUCGGCAGCAAUCCCAGUUGGACAUUGGAUUUCACGACCUACCGCUCCCAACCCGUCAGAUGUGUCUUCUCGUUCUGCAGUAUCUCCCUGGCCAGCGAGACGCCUGCAUGGUCUUCCACGGUGAUCCUUCGUCCGCCAGCAAGAAAUCCUGGACCCAUGUUGCGGUAGCUCGAAUCGUUCAAUCGCUUCAAGACAUAUUUAGGUACUUUGCUCAACACGAUUCCCCUCUAGAAAAGGUUGCCGAUGUGCUAUGCCGCAACACAGCACGGCCUAUGAGAGAUGAUUUGACCAGUGCAAAAGACUGGAUGGACCAAUUUUGUGGCCACAAACUACGAUGGGAAGCAAUUGGUCUACUCUGGGCUCAUAUAGAGGGCCUAUCAGAUGCUCUAGGGUCUCUUGAUUCCCGCCAGCUACAGUGGAUGCCGGGCAAAGAAUCAACCGAACUUGCCUUGACUAGCCUGGGCUACUGUAUCAAAAUCUCACGUCACUUUACCGCGGGCAACGCCCUUCUUCUUGAUCUCUGCCGCCGAAAGGGUACGCUUGGGACGUUGAUUUAUGGAGAUGCGAGCUCUACGUUCUGGGAUUCGCAUAGCUUAGCUGUGUCCAUGAUGAUUUUCCUCGGGCUUCACGCUCAGGACGGUGCCUCAAAAUCACAAGUCCAGAAAGAAGCACCUUCAUUCUGCACCGAAUACAAGCGGCGUCUUUUUUCUUACAUCUUCUUCACCGACAAAUCCGUCGUUUCCUUCUCUGGCAGACCCCCACUCAUAAGUCGCCGCUACUGCUCAACUGCGCUCCCCUUAGAUCUUCAAGAUGAGGAUUUAAUGUCGGACGAGGCUACUCUGGCCGAGGCUAUGAAAACGCUGGACGACAGGGGAUGGCAAACCCAAGGAAGGGUUCGCAGCGUCACGCUCAUGAGGGCACGCAUAAUGAUGUCUUAUGUCCUCGAUGAACUGGUCGAGAUUGCACUCGGCAACGAUACUAGUAUCACGCUCGAUUACCUCGAAAGCAUCAAGGCACGUCAACUCAAAGUCUUUUCUGAAUACCCCUCGAGCCUAAAAUACAACCACGAGGAUCUAUCCGACCCCGAUCUUGACAUUAAAAUUCUUUAUGUCAGGAUCCUGACUUAUCUGGCUCAUCUGCGAAACAUCUUUUUGGUGGAGAGGCUGCUCCUCCAGCACGGUGGGGUUGACGAGGGCAACUUGCUUGCCACCAGCUUUGAUUUAGUCAGAGUCACGGUUGUCCUCUGGAUACACAAGGAUCGAUUCGCCGAAAUGCGGCGCAAUUUCGAAUGGCUGUUGAUGGCUUAUGCCGCCCCUGGGGGUGGCAUCCUCUGUCAAGAGUUACUUCGACCAACGUUCUAUGGUACUCACCCCCUAAACUCUGAGCUAUCACGGUCGAGUAUCGUCCAACAGCUGAGCUUGCUUGCUGCAUUUCUGAAUUGGGUUGGCCCGACUGCCCCAAACAGCAUCAUGUGUAGCGACUGUCAAGCUAUCAUUCAGCGCGUGCUUGACCAGCAUCUAAACACUGUUGCAGAAAACGACAGGGAUCUGGAGUCUCUGGGAUCACUACUGCCGCAUUCGUUGGGGUUUCGGUUUGAUUUGUUGAAUACCUUUGACUGGCUCCAAAGUGGCAUACAAUAG